UCUCUCUAAUUCGUUAGAGCCUCAUCUUCGACCCAAGAAGAAGAAGAAGAAGACCACACCAAACACACACACAACUCUCCUCUCCUCCGCUUUGCUCCGCCACCACCAACCACCGCAAUCGCACCGCUCGAAUUCCACCAGUAAACGACUUCUCAGCUUAUUACAAUCCCUAGUGUAUUAAAUGGCAAUAUUACCUUGUGGAAGUACAUGGGUAGCUCGGUGGGGACAACCUCAAUUUGUAUUAAGAUUUUCUGUUACAAACAAGAAGUUAUCUACAUCUUCGCAGUGUGUCUCAAGCAAGAUAAGAGCAUUGGCAUCAUCAAGUUCAGCCAUGUUUUCUCAAAAUUCCUUGCAUGCAAUGUUCAAUUUGGUGCAAUCUAGGAAUCCAUGUCGCUGCAGGGGAGUUCGCCUGAUUGUUAGAGCUGAUAGUGAUUACUAUGCUGUCCUUGGGGUGUCAAAAAAUGCUAGCAAAUCAGAAAUCAAAAGUGCUUAUCGAAAGCUUGCCAGGAGUUAUCAUCCUGAUGUAAACAAAGAACCUGGAGCUGAACAGAAAUUUAAGGAGAUCAGCAAUGCCUAUGAGGUUUUGUCAGAUGAUGAUAAACGUUCUAUAUAUGACAAAUAUGGAGAAGCUGGGCUUAAAGGUGCUGGCGUGGGCACGGGGGAUUUCAGCAACCCCUUUGAUUUGUUUGAAUCGUUAUUUGAGGGCAUGGGUGGUAUGGGCGGUAUGGGCGGAAGAGGCUCUCGAAAUAGAGCCACAGAGGGUGAGGACCAAAUUUACAAUUUGGUUUUGAAUUUUAAAGAAGCGGUAUUUGGGGUAGAAAAGGAGAUUGAAAUAACCCGUCUUGAGACAUGUAGCACCUGUGAUGGGUCAGGUGCCAAACCGGGGACCACACCAUCCAAAUGUAGCACGUGUGGUGGACAAGGGCAAGUCGUCACAUCGGCAAGGACCCCACUAGGUGUCUUCCAACAGGUAAUGACCUGCUCCGCUUGUGGCGGUGUUGGGGAGACUUCUACUCCUUGCAACACGUGUGGCGGUGACGGGCGAGUGAGGAAGUCAAAGAGGAUUAGCCUAAAAGUCCCUGCCGGGGUUGACGCCGGUAGCCGGUUACGGGUCCGGGGUGAAGGUAAUUCAGGAAAGAGAGGUGGGCCCCCCGGAGACCUCUUUGUGAUGAUCGACGUUCUUCCCGAUCCGGUAUUGAAACGUGAUGACACCAAUAUUCUCUACUCUUGCAAGGUUUCUUAUAUCGAUGCUAUCUUAGGAACAACAAUGAAGGUUCCUACGGUUGAUGGCAUGGUUGACUUGAAGAUUCCGCCCGGUACCCAGCCAGGAACAACACUAGUGAUGGCAAAAAAGGGCGUACCGCUUCUAAACAAAAGCAACAUGAGGGGAGAUCAGUUGGUGAAGGUUCAAGUUGAGAUCCCGAAACGGCUGAGCAGUGAAGAGAGGAAGCUUAUUGAAGAACUUGCUAACCUAAACAGUGCAAAAGCAACCAGCAGUAGGAGAUAGUAGAAAUUUGGAGAUGGCCAUCUUCGGCUUUUUAUUCCGUGUGUCUUGAGUGAUUGUAUAGACAGCAGUGAAUUUCACACCGAUUUCUCAAUCGGUCAAGUUGUGGCUGCUUUUUGUAUUAGGAAAUUUUUCGGUGUUAGUUUUGUACUGUGUAUUAUACAUUAUACUUGAGGAUGGAAGAGAAAACAGUUUAGGGAUGUACCUUUUAUACUAUUUCUGGAAAUUGGACUUGUAUUUCUGUUCCCACGUUCUUGACUACAUGUUUAUGGGAAAUUACAGUGUUCAUUUUGGUUCCAACUCA